CGAGCCCAGCGGGAGCUGCUGCCGGAGCCGCCGCCCGCCAUGGGCACGGGCCGCGGGGGGAUGCGCUGCAUCAAGAUCCUGUUGUGCAUCUUCAACAGCACCUUCGGGCUGGCAGGACUGGCUGUCAUUGCCUUUGGGCUGUGGCUGCGGUUUGGUGGGGUUAUAGCAGACAUUGCUUCAGACAAAAGAUCUCCAGAGUAUUUCUUCAUGGGACUCUAUGUGCUGGUGGGAGCCGGGGCUCUCAUGACCACAGUUGGAUUUUUUGGGUGCUGUGGAGCAGCGCGGGAGUCUCAGUGCUUACUUGGAGCAUUCUUUGCUUGCUUGUUGGUGAUAUUUGCAGCCGAGAUCACUGCUGGAGUAUUUGCCUUUAUAGGCAAGAAAGUGGCAAUACAGGAAGCCCAAAAGAUCUAUGAAGACAUUUACGAUGACUAUAUGAAAAACCCGGGGGGAAAGGUCAACAGGACUAUCUAUCACUUACACAUGGCUCUCCAGUGUUGUGGUAAAGAUGGUAUAGAACAACAAAUGGGACUAUCCUGUCCAGAGAAUAUCCAGCUGCCAAAGAGCUGUCUGGUUGAGAUCCAGAAAGUAAUUGAUGCUAAUCUGCAUUUAGUCGGAAUUGUUGGAAUUGCAAUUGCUGGCAUCACAAUCUUUGGCAUGAUAUUCAGCAUGGUUCUGUGCUGUGCGAUCCGUAACACAAGAGACAUGAUCUAAAACUGUCACUGCACAACUAUGUCCCAGGAGUUCCAGACUAAGCUUACAAGAAGUGUUCUUCUACCCAAUUUAAUAAUUGUAAUACAUUUUAAUAAGUGUUUUAACAUAAUGAGGGUAAAUAUCCCAUUAGAGGAGCAGGUGAAUUGUAUUAGUUACAGUAAAACCAAAGUGAACAAAAAAGAGGUUUUAAAUGUUCUUUGUAAUGAAGAAAAGCAAAGGUGCAUCUAAGACUAAUUUAAUUGUUAAUGUUUGUAUAUGUGCAAUUAAGAGUUUACGCAUCAAUAGACAUUGUGUAAGCACACGCAUAUCUCUCCUUACAAAUACAUACAUACAUGAGCAGGUACCUGUAUAUGCAGUAUCUUGUCUAGAUAAGUAUGUGCAAAUGGACUGUGCUGUGUGUGCAUGUUUGCAGGCAGAGUCUUCCAGAGCCUCAGUAUGCAAGAGUGUGCACACCCCACAUACACACAGUGCUUGGAACCCUUCAUAUCCAGCCCAUUUGCCAAGGGUCAGCAGAGGAACAAAUACCACUUGACAAAGGGAGACCUAGGAUCUAUUUUGUAAUAGUUCUUUUCAAGGCCUGCACAGAGUAGCAUUAAUAAAAUUGGACUUUAUUCAAAUAAAUCUAAUGCCUAAAGGCCUGCUCCAGCAAACUCGAAUUCAUGUGAGGAGACCCACUGGCACCACUGGCAUGCAGAGACUGGAUUUGGUGUUGUUACCCUUCAUGCAAAUGCAGAAAGCUCUGGGAGAGAAAAUACAUCCAAGGACAUUCAGGCUAAAGGAAGAGGGGGAAAGAGGUGGGAAGCUGGUAAGAUAAUGCAGUCAUUUGGGAGCAAGUGCAGUGCUAGCCUGAGAUACACACCAAAAACAACAGAAAUCUGAGUUAAAGGGACCACUAAAAUCUUUAUUCAGAAGUCCCUUUAUCCUGCAAGACUCUAUAUGGGAUAUAUACUGGUGCAGGAGUGGAGCCUAUGGCCAGAAAAGCAGCAGCUUUGUAGAUAGUCUGUAGAAUCUAACUGGCCUGGGGGAGCCAACUGAAGAGUAAGAACCGUCAGGGGAAGACACACAGCACUUUAAUAUCCUCUGUUUCUGCUUCUGUGACUAUCACAGCUUCCAUGGGGCUCUUACCUCAACCUUUCUCCCUUUCUUGCAGGUAUAAGGCAGGAAAGAAAGAUGGGACAUAUUUACAGAGCCAAAAAGUACAUUUUUUCUUUAAUGGCACCUUUCGAUGGUGUGUCAGGUAUAAAUGUUACACUGUGUGCUUGAAAUACCUCAGGGCUUGAGUUUACAUCCUUUGUUUCUAUAUUUUUAUUUUUCUAUUUGUCAUAUUUAUGAAUAAGAGAAUGUUCCUUUUAAAACAGCCUAGAAGGGAGAAAGGUUGUCCCCAGAAGGGGAAAAUAAAUUACAUCAAAGGCUCA